UAAACGCGAAUUUUCGAGAAGUGCAAGGGCGGCUCCGCAAGACAGCCGCCGUUAUGCCAAGUCUUCCUGGGACGUGCCGAACACUACGCCUGGACAAAGGAUUCUACUUACCCCCCCCCACUUCGGGGAAAAUCUUCAAUUCAGUGGCUCUCAUUCGUCCCGUUUCCUUCUCGUGAUUCAGAUCUCUCUCGAGUUUCUUAACUUCAUCCCUUCCACCCCAACGGUGCCUGCCCGCCUUCCACCAUCCGAUUUCCUUCACCGAGCAUUAAGAAACUCCUCUCACCCUCCCCGUAUUCUUCGACAAAUGCUUGCCCGCAGCACCCUCUCCCGGGGUCCAUCCCAAUUGCUUGCGAGAGCCGCUCCUUCUCACCGUGGCUUGGCCGCCACUGCCGCUUCCAAUCCCUUCCACUACAGGGUCGGCAAAUCAGCGGGUAUCACGGUUGCGUCAAGAGAUGAUGGUGGCCCAACCACUACUUUAGCUGUGGUUUCGAGAGGUGGAAGCCGAUAUGAGACCUCUCCCGGAUUGGCCCACGGAUUAGAAAAAUUCGCAUUCAAGAACUCAAGGCGAUCCGCCCUUCGUCUUCAGAGGGAAACCGAAUUACUCGGUGGUUCGCUUGGUUCUACGCUUUCCCGAGAAAAUAUUGUUCUCCGUGCGAAAUUUCUCCGGGAAGAUCUUCCAUACUUUGUCGAGGCACUUGCUGAUGUUCUCAUCCAUACCAAAUACAAUCCCUACGAGUUUAACGAACAAGUCGCCUCCACUUUGAACUUCGAGGUCGAGAAACUCCACCAUACCCCAGCAGCUCUCGCUCUUGAGGCGGCGCACAGCGUCGCAUUUCACAAGGGACUUGGCUCUAGCCGCUUAGCACUGACCAAUAAAUACCUCACCAGCAAGAGCAUUACCGAGUACUCUAAAGAGGUGUAUAACAAGGGCAAUAUCGCAGUUGUUGCCUCCGGUGCUCCUCAACUGGAUCUUGAGAGGUGGACAGCCGAGUUCUUCAAGGAACUCCCCUCUGGAACUGGACCAGUCAUGGCUCCCGCUAAAUACUACGGAGGUGAGAACCGCCUAUUCUCGCCACACGGCAAUGCCAUAGUCAUUGCCUUCCCUGGUAGUUCCAGCCCUCCAUCUUUCAAAGCAGAGUAUACUGUUCUGGCAUACCUACUCGGUGGAGAGGCCUCUACCAAAUGGAACGCCGGAAUGUCACUCUUGUCCCAAGCAAUUUCUGAGACCCCUCACACCACUGCCGUCGCCAAGCACGUUGCAUACACUGACACCGGUCUCCUGUACAUCACCAUCGAGGGCUCUGGAUCUGCAGUGACUCAGGCCGGGGGUAAUGUUGUGAGCGCUAUCAAGAGUCUGGGAGAGGCCAAGCCCGAGGAUGUCAAGAGGGCCAUUGCCCUCGCGAAGUUCGACGUCCUUGCCGCCGCAGAAGACAGGAGUGCUGGUCUAGAAGCCGUUGGACAGGCUGUCAUUGCUAGGGGAGAGGCACCGCAGGUUGAGGGUGUUGUCAAGGCUCUCGAUGGUGUUACUGUUGAGGCAGUCAAGGCUGUUGGUAAGAAGCUCCUCGAUUCAAAGGCCACAUUCGUCGCUGUUGGCGACACAUAUCUCCUGCCGUACGCUGGGGACCUGGGACUGAAGAUCUGAGUACCAACUAGCAAUUAAAGCAAUGGCCCAGUAUCCUACCAGAAAACAAAAAAAAAUCAAACAAUCAAUCAAAAAAAAAACCCCAGGUUUUUUCCUAUGGUAUUUCCAUUUCAACAUAGCACGCGCCUUAUGACGUCAUAUGGUC